CUCGCGAGGACGGACGCCAUUAUCGCAUCUCCCCGACAAACACCACGAGAAUUCCGCAGCCCACACGGUGGCAGGAACGUCGUCCUACACGAGUCUGCUUCCGGCUCAACCACCGGCCACUCUGCUCGCGUCCUGGAUGAUGUCAGAACAGGACCUGGCCGACGUGGUGCAGAUCGCCGUUGAGGAGCUGAGUCCCGGCCACCCAGUUGUAUUGGAGAAUCAUGUAGUGACAGAUGAAGAUGAACCAGCUUUGAAACGCCAGCGACUAGAGAUCAAUUGCCAGGACCCUUCUAUAAAGUCAUUCCUGUAUUCCAUUAACCAGACAAUCUGCUUGCGAUUGGAUAGCAUUGAAGCCAAGCUGCAGGCUCUGGAGGCCACGUGUAAAUCCCUGGAAGAGAAGCUGGACCUGGUUACCAACAAGCAGCACAGCCCCAUCCAGGUGCCCAUGGUGGCUGGCUCACCCCUCGGCGCCACCCAGACCUGCAACAAAGUGCGAUGCGUCGUCCCCCAGACUACAGUAAUUCUCAACAGUGAUCGGCAGAACGCCGUUGUAGCCAAGAUGGAAGACCCCCUGAGCGGCAGGGCACCGGAGCCCCUGGAAAAUGUCAUUAGCAACGCGGUGCCCGGGCGUCGGCAGAACACCAUCGUGGUGAAGGUGCCGGGUCAGGAGGACAGCCACAACGAGGACGGGGAGAGCGGGUCUGAGGCCAGCGACUCCGUCUCCAACUGCGGGCAGUCAGGAAGCCAGAACAUCGGCAACAACGUCACCCUCAUCACCCUGAACUCGGAAGAGGACUACCCCAAUGGCACGUGGCUGGGGGACGAGAACAACCCCGAGAUGCGGGUGCGCUGCGCCAUCAUCCCCUCUGACAUGCUGCACAUCAGCACCAACUGCCGCACGGCCGAGAAGAUGGCGCUCACGCUGCUGGACUACCUCUUCCACCGCGAGGUACAGGCCGUCUCCAACCUCUCGGGCCAGGGCAAGCACGGCAAGAAGCAGCUCGACCCUCUGACCAUCUACGGCAUCCGGUGUCACCUCUUCUAUAAGUUUGGAAUCACGGAAUCCGACUGGUAUCGAAUCAAACAGAGUAUCGACUCCAAGUGUCGGACAGCCUGGCGGCGAAAACAGCGAGGCCAGAGCCUGGCCGUCAAGAGCUUCUCCAGGAGGACGCCAUCCUCGUCCUCGUACGGAGCCUCAGAGACCAUGAUGAGCACGCCGCCGCCCGCCAGUGAGCUGCAGCAGCCGCCCCCACAGGCCCUGCACUACGCCCUGGCCAACGCCCAGCAGGUCCAGAUCCACCAAAUCGGGGAGGACGGGCAGGUCCAAGUAGGCCACCUACACAUCGCCCAGGUGCCUCAGGGGGAGCAGGUGCAGAUCACGCAGGACAGUGAGGGCAAUCUGCAGAUACACCACGUGGGACAGGAUGGGCAGGUGCUCCAGGGGGCCCAGCUGAUAGCAGUGGCUUCUUCGGACCCGGCUGCCACAGGGGUGGACGGCUCGCCGCUCCAGGGCAGCGACAUCCAGGUCCAGUACGUCCAGCUGGCGCCGGUGACCGACCACACCGCUGCGGCCCAGGCGGCUGACGCCCUGCAGCCCACCCUGCAGCCUGAGAUGCAGCUGGAGCACGGGGCCAUCCAGAUCCAGUGAGGCUGCUGACCCGCCCAGACCUGAGCCACGCCGCCGCUGCGUGCUGACCCCUGCACGCUGGCCCCCGCCACCUACACCAUUCACACGCGCCCGCCCCUCGGCUUCGCACGGGAGGGGUCUGCCCGCGUGCUGCUGAAGUGCAUCCGAGCGCCUGUCCAUGGGGAGAGUGCCCUGGGAAACGAAGACAAUGGUAGCCCCUGCCACCCGCGCCCGGAGACCCUGUUUCUUUUGAUCUCCUGGAACGUCCAGGGAAGGAGCGGGAAGCACAGUGCAGUUGCGUCAAGUGCACGCUGGAAAUCAAGAACUGCGAUAUUUUUCUCUGUUCAAACAGCUUUUUUUAAUUUGCUAUGGUGUUUAUAACAAAAAAGAAAAUCGAAAAAAAAAAUGGAGUAGCAGAAACCUUUUGCUGUGUGAUCUGUUCAGUGUAACAAGGAUAGAUGUUCACAGGAGACGACUGAUGAUUUUGAUGGAGACGUUGCUUACCUACUUUUUUAGGGGGAUGGAUGCGCUCAGCGCUAUAAUUGUGCAUUUCUAAUGGAAUACAUGAAAUAA